GUCAACGAUUCAUGGAUUACAUUGAUAGGCCUUCCUCACCAGGAGGAAUCGCGGUGGCCCAAAUGAGGUAAAGGUACUUGAAUUAUAUAUUUCGGGGUGGGGUUAUGUACCAACCAGUCUACGGAGCUCUUUCAACGUUGAAACAUGGAUACAUUCUGCACUCUUCGGAAUCUGGCGGUUUGUCUGUGUUUCCUUGCAGGACCAUCAUUCGGACAAGUCUUAGUAAGCACUGAGCAAAAGUUGACCAAGAAGCUAUUUACGGACAGCAACUAUGACAAGGAAAUUUUCCCCUCCAAGACGGCCAAUGACACGCUAAAGGUUUCCCUUGGUUUGGCUGUAAUCAGCUUGAUCGAUGUGGACGAAAAGAACCAGGCCCUGGUUGUCAACGGCUGGGUGAGAAUGAAAUGGAAUGAUUAUCGCCUGCGAUGGGACCCUGCCGCCUAUGACGGCAUCAGUUUACUCCGCGUCAGUGACCAGAGGGUUUGGCGGCCAGAUAUCUUCCUUUACAACAAUGCCAAAUCUGCAUACACUUAUGCAGACCAACAAGUUAACGUCAUUGUCUACAGCGAUGGUCACAUUAUAUGGAUCCCUCCCAAACAGAUCAUGUCCCACUGUGCAAUGGAUAUGAGAAAGUUUCCCUUCGAUCAACACAUGUGUCACCUCGCGUUUGGCUCUUGGUCGUUCGAUGGUAAUAGGCUGGACCUCGAAAACUUCGGAAAGGAUUACACGAUCGACCUGGCUGACUUCGCCCCUCACGACGAAUGGGAUAUCAUCCGGAAUACAGGGGCAAGGAGUGACAAGUUCUACGCGUGUUGUGAAGAACCUUAUCCAGAGAUCACCUACAAUAUCACCAUCUCGCGAAAAUCAUCGUACUACUCCCAGAUCUUCAUCGGGCCUGCUGUCGUUAUGACCUUGCUCAUACCGUUUAUUUUCUUGCUGCCGCCGGAGUCGGGCGAGAAAGUCACUCUAGGUGUUGGUAUUAUGAUCUGCCUCGUCCUGAUGGUCCUGAUGAUGGAAGGAUUCCUGCCAUCCGCACUCUCCACGGCACCGAUCAUUGCCAUGUAUUACACGUCCAGCUUCAUCCUUAUGGGAAUCUCUGUGGCAUUCUCCGUGAGGACCUUAGGAAUGUACUGGCAUGGCUCGAACUCAUCUCCACCAGCACUGCUAUCAAAGGUAUUCGUUGAUGGCCUGGGCCGCUGCCUCUGCGUGAAGAGGGAUAACUACUCGGGCGUUUCCAACGAUGAGGGCCGAGGGGAUUCGGACAUUGAGGUGAAGUCACCUAAGACCGGUCACGGCCGCAAGGAGUGGAGGCUCAUCUCCAUUGUGGUGGAUCGACUCCUUUGGAUCAUAUUCAUGGUGGUCGCAAUUAUUAUGACCAUUGCCUUAUUUGUCUAGUAAUAAGGAGAUUUCUUAUUCUCAUCUACUAUAUAUGUAAUUAGUACAAAUGAUAUGUAGAUUAGCAUAAACAUCUGAGUUGUUUGUAUUUAUGUGUCUAGGUGGUGAAAGAUAAAUACCCUUAGUGUUUUCACCUCGAACUAAUUCUACCGUAUAUGCAAGUACACUUCCGUUGUUCACACUUUUUGUAUUCAUCUGAUCAUAAAUUAACGCAUCUUUAUCUUUUUGUCUAUAAAUUUAUAAUAAAGGCUUUCUACUCUA